UAUUUAUCCAGACGUUCAAGGAAAACAAACAGUUCUGGCCAGAAGUCUAGUAUAAAAGGCCAAAGAAAGAAAAAAAUUCCGCCAUGGGACGUAAGUAUAUAAGCUAAAAACAAUUAAAAAACGACGAUCUUUUCUCCUGGGGCAACUCUUCCUGUCUGCUGCUCGGCCUGCAGCCUGCUCCUUCUGAGUUCUGACCAGUGCCAGUGGUUCUGACCUGAGAAGUCUCACUGCAUGUCUAUAAAAGCCUUCAGGCGUUAGAUAUUAAAGUGAGUAUUAUUCACAAACAAUUGAGGGUGAACAACUGACAUUUAAUUGUUGUGUUGGUCACAUGCCAUGUUUUAGGGCACCAUAUCAAAUUUAUUAGUUCACAAGCCAACAAAAGAGGAAUUGGUAUGUAACUGCAAUAAAAUGUUGAAGUUUUUAUGCAAAUGUUACUACAUAUAACUAAAGCAACAACCUAGAAAUGAAAAGAAAACAAAUCUUGUGGUUAUACCUUUAAUAGAGAAGAAGACAUGAACUUCAUCAACCAGUGCAAAGAUCUGCACAGUCGCCAAAUGGUUGUGAUACAAUUGUGAACUUAAAACAUCGCUUGGAUCAUUCAGAACUCCGGAGAAGACGAGAGAUGUGCGCUACUCUGUGUUAAGAGAACUUAUGAAUACUAAUGAGAAGUUGCAGGAAGCUCUAACAUACAGUGACAAAAAAAUAUCUGCUGUUCCUGAUUUAUUUGGAGAUGAUCCAAAGAAAUACAGAGGAUUCCCGAAUAUUACUUGUGCCCCAGGGCUCAAGAGAAACACUGAUUUAGAAACGGUGAAAAAACAGGCAUUUAUGAAAGAACCAUCCGUUGGAGCUUCUAAACUGGAUAUUUUGAGUGAUACAAUCAUGGGAGGAACGCCCUUAAAUGACGUAUCUGUGCUUCACCAAACUACUGAUAAAAACAACAAUCACGGAGAUUUUUCCAGUGAUUCUUUUCACCCUGCGCCUCAGAAUCUCGCCAUCACGUCUCAAGCACCACCAAACUCUGGCAAACUCUCCACGAGUCCAAGCAUACUUGCUGCUGCUCCUGGUCUCGCCCAGAACGAAGGAAAUCAAAAAAACACAGAGAAUUCACCAACUAAAGAAAAAGUAUUUCAUGAACGAAAAAUCAGCAGUGAAUAUCACCCAGUUCCAGAAGACCCAGUUCCAAACACUACCGCUUCUUCAAUGCCUCCAGCUCUAAAGGGACUCCAUGAUUUACGUGAAAUGGUUGAUAAUCUUGAAGAAGAGGUAAGAUUGUUUGAACAAGAAACCGGUAGAGAGGAAACCUCGUUGCCUUUCGUAAAGAAUGGAAAAGAAUCGUUUGGUGGUUUCACAGUAUCUAUCUUGCAUGCUGUUACAAAACUAGUUGGAUACUUAAGAGAUUGUGAGAACCGACGGAAACUGGAUAUGACUUGGAAACAGGAGAUAUUCCUUACCCUGCAACAGCAGCAAAUAUUGAUCGAUGCGCUGACGAAUGAGGUUAUUUGUAUACAAGAAGAAAAUCGAAAACUUUAUCAAGUAUUGGAAACAUCGCAGGAGGAUACUAAAAACCAAAUGAAAUCAUUCAAGCCCGAACUGUGUGAUGAACGAAAGAACGAUGAUCACGACGAGAUAUCCCCAGGUGUCAUGGGUUCUCUUUUUGAUCAAAAUAAAGAUACUUCGCAAACUGGUUAUUCGCACGAAGCAUUGCAUACUGAUCAUGAAAUUCCUGGUGCAAGAUCUAACGAUGAUGUGGUCACGAUGUCGGAACAAACAACUGGCAAAAACGUGAACGGUUGUGUUAAGUCCAGUGAAUCAACAGCAGCAGGCACAACCACAUCUGACGAAUUAGCGGCAAGAACCUCUCUUCAAAGUAAACCUGUAUCACCUCCUUUGGGUAAUAUAAGCUCAAACGCUAGUGAUUAUUGUAACAAUCAGGCCCCUGAGCUUAACAGAAUUCCGCAGUUUACUAAACAACAGAAGACAAGAAUAACUGAUGCUUUUGGAAAUCAUUACUCGCAUCAUCCUGUGAGGGAGCAUCACAAUUCUCCCGUGCAUAACCAAACACUUCAUAAUAUCGACACAGUAGCCAAACACAGUGCCGAGACCUUCCAGCUAAAUCACCAAUCACAUUCUGGAACUACAUCACGUGGUGAAUUAACGAUGCCAGAAGGUACAACGCUGAAUACAUCAGAAGUGUUCACAUAUUACAAUCCUGUCGUAACAAACACGUCAGGGAAUGAUAGAACCUCACCUUCUGCCAGUGAUAAUGACUUAGAGCGAACGAGCGUGUUUAUUAGUCGAAACCAAACAACUUCACCUCACCGGCGUGGAAGACAAGAUAAGAAUUUUCCAAGGGAAGAACUUCACAAGGAGUCACAAAAAGAUGAUGGUAGUACCGGUGUAAACUUCCGCAGACAGUCAAAUGUAUCACCUGACAUUUCUCCGGUAUUGUUUGAUGGAAAACUCUUAUCCGACAGACCUGGGCAAGAAAAAGUCGUUGUCAGGUUGCCUUCAAUGUGGCAGCAGGAUUAUGACAAAAGAACUCCAAAACAUGAUACGACAAACUUCGCCAAGCCAGCUGUAAAACAAAAACCCGAUAUUAGUGGCAAUGGAUGGUUUGCAUUAUCGUCCCAUGUUGACUCGAGAAAAACGUGAAGUAAUUUUUUGAAAUUCUGAUCUUUCAUCAACAUUUGAUUGGAUUAUAACCACUAAAUAUUAGCGAUACCUGAUAGAUGUAUAGAUGAAGACUUGCCGAAGCGACUAGCCUAGGAUUCGGGUCCAAAUUUGAGUUCAAGAUUGGAAUGUUUGACCUCAGACACGUGUGUUUACACUACGAGGCAUUCCAAAGAGACUGUUCUAAAAUUUUAAAUGAGCAUGCUUAUAUAUUUCCUUUGAGAUUCAAACCUUCCUAAAUUUCAAGAAUCGUAGUUGUCAAUUUCCGUGUUUCUCGGUUGCGCAAUCCAGUUUUAUUAAUUUAUUUAUAGUUCAAUGUUCCCGAGCAGUAACCAUGGAAGCAGACAGUUUUUUUGCGAGUUCGCCUUGAAAAUGAAUUGGGAAAACAUUGAAUAGACUUAUUCAUUGACAAUCCUAUGUAAUGAGCUCUUAGCCAUGCAGCUCAAAAAAUCUGAGACAAAAGAUAUGCACAUAUCAACCAAAAUUUUUCUAGUCGUUCUAGUCGAAUUACGACUAAUCUGUGCAAUACUCUUUGGGGGAAGCAAUGCUGGACUACAUGAUCUAUAAUUUAUUUCCCAGCCUCGCAUAAAAAAAUAAAACACGACUGAGUUUAAAAGAUAUUUUUUAUGAUAAUAUAUGGAUAAUGCUAUAUACGAAAGUGCUUAUACAGUUAUAUGCAAGUACAACAUGAAAACCUAAAAAGUCAGUUAGUCAUAAUACAGUGCAUAUAACGUUGCCACGGCAAACAGUUCACUGUUUUGAUAGCAUGAAGAUGCGAAGUUAUCAUACAAUGUAUUCCACAGACAACGGCUACCGAAG